CUUAUUUUUAGAACGGUCCCUGCACGGCCGUACGUAAGUACAUUUUGAUGAAGUGAAGACAAGCCCGUCUUACGUAACCAAGGCUCAGGGUCUCCGAGAAUUACACCUGCGAUAUAAUUUCCUGUCCACAUUACCAGAACCACCAUACAUCAUGCCACAGCCAAAUCGAUUCCAGUUACCUAUCGAACUAUGGUGUGCAGUUCUCUCUCGCAUUGACGACCUCACCCUCUGGACCAGUUGUCGCCGAGUUUCGAGGACAUUCAGGGCCGAAGCUGAGCGCGAAUUUGCAACAGCCAUUGCAGCAUCUACGCAUGGUUUGGAAAGCAUCUGGGAAAAGGCCAUCUUUCGCCUUGCCGGCCCACUACACGCUCUUUGCAGAAACCACGGGUCUUCAGUCAAUCGAUGCUCACUGUGCCACGUUUGGGCUAAACAUGAGUCACAAUGUGACUCAUGACAAAUGCGACCCCAGACGCUAGCCUCGACCCUGAUAUAGAGUACAAAGGCAGAUAUGGUUUGGCUCACAGGCUUCUCUCGAACAGCGAUCGCAAUGUUGGCGCUC